UUAAUUUUUCCAAAGUGCAAGUAUGAGAUACCUUAGAUAGUUGUUCUUUGGUGUGUUUGUAAUGAAGGGAAGAAAAAAUCGAUUGAAAUUUUUUGGUGAAAAUAAUUUUGAUUUUGUGCAAUAAUCUGUUUCGAAAAAGCUUCAUUAGUGACAUAAAUUAUGUCGUUUGCAUUAAAUCCAUUACCGGGCAAUGCGAUUGCUGCAAUGCAUCCAAUUAUGGGAACUAUUGCAAACGGCAGUGGUUUUAUAACUCCUAUGACUACAACAACAAAUGCAGCCACAAUAUUGAAUAGCAGUUCAUUGGAUUUCACCCGAAAACAGAGUCAUUCACAAUCUGGUUCUGCUCCUAUGGAUCUCGAAUCGGCAUCAGAACGUGAUUCUACGAGAGAUGGACCUUCAACCGGCGAGAAAAAAGAUAGUAUGGUUCAAAAAGCGAGCCAACUAGCCGUUGAUAAUACCGGAGGUCCAAUUUUGUUUAAUCAGCUGAUACAACAGCCUCAAGGGUUUAUGAUGAUGACACCAGGAAUGGUUAACAUGAUGGAUGGAUCUUCUUUGAUCGGAAUGCAAACAUUUCCUGUUAUGACACAACAGAUUAAUUCUGCAGUAGAUAUGACAUCUCAAGGAUUAAACCUUACCCAAUCAGAAGACGGUAAGGAGAUUAUAUAUUGUAAAUCUUGUACACUGUUUCCUCCAAAUCCAAAUGGUCCUGCGCCAAAAACGAUUGACCGUCCACCAGGAUGCCGAACCGUAUUUGUUGGUGGCUUACCUAAUGCAAUCACGGAAGAAGUGAUCCGUGAGAUUUUCGAACGGUGUGGAGAGAUAACAACACUUCGUUUUUCAAAGAAAAACUUUUGCCACAUUCGUUAUGUAUUCGAAGCAUCGGUGGACUCUGCUAUUUAUCUGUCUGGUUAUCGGGUUAAGAUAAGCAGUGGUGGGUUCAAUUAUACUACACCGGAACCAAAGGAUCCAUCCUCAUUUGGAACUUUGCACGUAGAUUAUGCACAUGCUCGCGAUGAUCAAUAUGAUUACGAAUGCCGUCAACGUAAACUGCAGCGCGAAAGGCGUCAUCGUGAACGAGUGGAAGAAGACCGUCUUCGACCGCUCUCGCCUCAGCCAGUUAUUCACUAUACUGAUCACGAGGCUACGGCGGUUGCUGAAAGGCUAAAAAAUGAUGAAAGUUUUGUUAAAGCUGUUACGACUCUUAUAACGUGGCUCGAACGAGGUGACUGCAGCAAGAAGAAUGCUAACAACUUCUACACUAUGAUCCAAAGCACCAAUUCACACGUUCGGCGACUUCUCAGCGAAAAAGCAAUUUGUGAUGAAGAAUUGAGUCGUGCACGAGAAAUGUACAGAAAACAGAUGCAGAGCAUGUUAAUUGAAUUCAAUCAGAUUGAAAAAGUAUUCACUGCGGCCAGUCACAAGAAGGUUUGGGAUCAUUUUACUAAAGCCCAGAGAAAAAACAUCGACGCCUGGAAGAAGCAAUCAUUGGAUAUAAGGAGCAUACAACUGGAUGAUGUCGGUGAUGAUGAAAUGGAUCUAUCCGAUGAUGAGGGAUCCUCUGCUAAAAAGUCCCGCUGGGAUAUCCGGAAAGAAAGAAUUGACAGUUCAUCUGAAGCGGAAACACAGUCAGUUCGAUCGGAUCUUGAAAUGAAAACAAUGCAAAUUCAAGUUUUGCAAGAGACAAUCCGCAAUCUGCAGACCCAACUAUUAGACUACAAUUACAAAGAGAUGGAGCGUCACAAUAAAAUCCAGGAUCUGGAGGAAAAAUUAAAGCACGCUAAUGUGAAACAGCUGCUUCUGAAGACAAAAAUCGCGACCACUCAGUCAAAGCUGUCAUCCUGCACAACCAACGCUUCCUCGUCGUCCAAAGCAGAAUCUGAAGUGGAUGAAAGUGAAGUGUCCGAAGUCGAAACUAAAUCAGUGGCGACUGCUCCAGCUCCCAUCGCAGAGCCGAUUCCAGCUGAAGCAGCCCUGCCUGCCACAAUUGAUCCGAAUGAGGCUCGAGUCAUUACACUGGUCUCUACGUUUUUAGUAGUACAUCCUCAUGGUGCUAGUAUCGAUUAUAUUUGGUCUUAUGUAAAUCGUUACGUACCAGAGCUAAAGGUAAAGCUGCUCGAAGAAUUGUUGCAACGAUACAGAAACCUUUUCCGGGAAGAAGUAAGUGGAAUAGGCGCAAAAAUCGAAAGAAAUUGGAAAUUUGUUGGGUAUGAAAGUAAGGAUGAAGAUGAAAAGUCAUAAAUACUGAAUCGAAUUUUAUAAUAAACGGUCUUUCCAAGUGAAAUAAAACAUAA